UUGAGGGACCAGAGUAUCAAUUGCAGGCUAUUUUUUCAAAACAAGACUACCACAGUCCACAGUAGCUUAGCAGUCACCAUACAUAUAUAGACAAGCCAUUCACGAUUAUUUCAAACAAGCACAAGAUAUGGAAGAGAUUAAGCAUGAACUCAUGGUGAAGAACGUGGUACGCGGUUUGAUCAUGGUAGACGUUGUUCAAAGGUUAGGGAUUGAUUAUGCGUUCAAGGAGGAGAUUGAACAAGUGCUGGAGAGGCAGUAUACUGCGAUUGAUGAACUUGUGAACCAUAAAGAUCUAUACUUUGUUUCACUUUGUUUCCGCCUGCUCGGACAGCACCACUACUAUGUUUCUGCAGAUGUUUUUGACAACUUCGUUAACAAGAAGAGGAAUCUAGAGAUAAGGGGGGAAAGUAAUGACGCCUUGAUGAGCUUGUAUGAAGCGUCACAGCUAAGAAUAGAAGGAGAAGACGUUCUUGAUGAAGCUGAAUGCUUCAGCCGCCUACUUCUCCAGGAAAGAAUGGAGUUUCUGAAUAAUCAUGACCAGGCUAUUUCUAUAAGAAAUACCCUAGCUCAUCCCCACCACAAAAGUUUCGCAAGGAUUACUGAAAAGCAUAUUAUCAGCAAUGUAACUAAUGGUAAAGAUGGAUACGGAAAGGCCUUGCAAGAACUAGCAAUUAUGGAUUUAACUGUUUCGCGAACUAUGCAUGACAGAGAAUUAAGUGCAGUCUCAAGGUGGUGGAAUGACUUGGGAUUAGCACAAGAGUUGAAAUUAGUGAGAGAUCAGCCCCUGAAAUGGUAUAUGUGCACUACAGCUCUCCUCACAGAUCCAGGAUUUUCUGAGGAAAGAAUUGAGCUAGCAAAACCUAUUUCACUUAUCUACAUCAUAGAUGAUAUUUUUGAUCUUUAUGGGACCAUCGAUGAACUCACUCUUUUCACUGAAGCUGUCAACAGGUGGGAUAUCGCGGCUGCUGAGCAACUUCCAGACUACAUGCAGAAGUGUUUCCUCUCUCUGCUUAACAUCACUCAUGAGAUUGGAUACAAGAUUUAUAAGAAAUACGGACUGAACCCCAUAGACUACUUUAAAAUAUCGUGGUCUAAAUUGUGCAGUGCAUUUUUAGAAGAAUCAAAAUGGUUUUUUUCGGGGCAUUUGCCACGAGCAGAAGAGUACCUGAAUAAUGGAAUUGUUAGUUCAGGGGUGCACGUCGCCCUAGUACACUUGUUCUUUCUCAUAGGAGAUGGUUCGACAAGAGAACAAGCUGAUCAAUUGAUAAAUAGCGAUGCUAGUAUGUUAUCAUCUACAGCAGCCAUUCUUAGACUCUGGGACGAUUUGGGCAGUGCCAAGGAUGAAAAUCAGAAAGGCCAUGACGGGUCAUACGUGACUUGCUACAUGAAAGAACAUCAAGAAGUUUCGGUUGAAACUGCCCGAAAACAUGUUGAGAACAUGAUUUCUGAUACAUGGAAACGUCUGAACAAGGAGUGCUUUUCUCCAAAUCCAUAUUCAAAAACUUUCAUUAAAGGGUGUCUGAAUCUGGCAAGGAUAGUGCCACUGAUGUACAAUUAUGAUGACGAUCAAAGUCUUCCACAGCUUGAGGAGUAUAUGAAGGGCAUGUUUAUUUGACCUCUAAAUAAUUGAAGGUUCAAUAUAAUUUAGAACUUUAUUAUCUGUGUAAUAAAAGUGUAUUUGUUAAUAAAAAGUCCUACACGCACCUAAUUCCAAAGUGUGGGUGAUAU